AUGUCCAAAGAAGAAGCCACCGAAUCGCCUUGGACCGAGAAGGCCGCAAGCCAAUUCGAUGGCAAGCAGUACAGCCAGUACUUCGACCCAUGCCAGGAGGCUGCGGCGCGCAGCAUGAGAUGUCUGCACCGCAACGGCGGCGAUCGCGAUAUGUGCUCAGAUUACUUCCAGGCGUACCGGGAUUGCAAGAAGCAGUGGCUGGAGGACCGGAGGGAGGCGAAGCGGAAAGAGGGAAAGUCAUGGUUCUCAUAA